AUGAGCAGGAAUGGUUCAGAGCGUCUUCCACCACUCGGUGAGGACCACGAACCUCCUGCGCCAUCAUUCCCCCCAGGGCUGACUACAACUGGCCGAACGAUUAGGAGGCGUAGAAUAUUCCCCAAGUCUGAUCAAUCUACGUCCGCAGACCUGAACACUCUGAAUACUGGAGAGAAUGAUGAUCUGUCCUUCCUGAAGACUCAGGCUUCAAUCUCCUGGUAUUUCAAAAAGUCAGAAAUGCAAGCCAACAGCAAAAAUGCAGCACUGGGUCCUUCCACCCCUGAGGAGCCAGCUAUGGCAGACAAAGCCCCAGUCCCAGUCUCUGUAUCAAGUUGUUCAGAGAAGAGUCUAUCAAGCAAUGGGGUCAUUCUGGCCUGCAGACAAGAGAGCAAUGGCGCCAGCAAUCUGGAGAUGGUACCAAAGAGUCCGGUCACUGGAAAGCCCAUGGAGAAUCAUAGACCGGAAAACAGUAACAAGAUCAUCCCUCAGGGUGAUCAAGGAUCAGGACUGCUGACUGGACCUCGGUUGAACAUGAUCAGCAGGGUUGUGAAGUCUAUAAGUGAAGACGUUCUAGACCAUACGCUUGCUUACUCGUAUGAAGAGUUGAAAACUUGUGCGAUUGAUUCUGAAGAGGCUGAACAAAGACUGUUGGGCCGGAUCAGGGGAGCAGUGACUGUGGCGGUCCAGCGAGGGGCCACAGAGACCAAUGUUCAGGUUGCGGGUCUCCAAGAGUCAGAGGAGGAUCAUGCGUCCAAUGAGGGCUCAAAUAUCACGGUCGCAAUCUGCCCAGCUUGCAGAUUUGAGGAAGGGAUUCCUUGGAGCAGGAUGAAAAAUCACCCCGCCAACCACUGA